GCAGCAUGCACUAUUAACACAUCAGAAAGCAUACUUAUGUUGAUUUAGACAAACAAAAAUUCAGGGCAACUUAAGAAAAAUCAAUUCAUCAAUCCAAAAUGGCUUCAGGAAAAUCAUUGAUGCAAUUAUCCAGAUGUGCCCUAUCAACACAAUCGGUGGCUACCAAAAUGAUUAAACCACCGGUACCAAUGUUCGGUAUUGGUGGCCGUUAUGCUACGGCAUUGUAUUCAGCUGCAUCGAAAAAAAACAAAUUAGAACAAGUGGAUAAAAAUCUAAAAACAUUAUUGGAACUUCAUGAAAAAGAUGUUAAAUUUCGUGAUUUUCUUUUAAAUCCAUUGAUUAAACCUGCUAAAAAAAAGGAAAUUCUUGGCAAAUCUCUUCAAUCCAAAUUGAAUCUCGAUGAAAUGACCGUCAAUUUGUUGUCAGUGUUGGCCGAAAAUAACCGUAUGAAAUAUUUUCCAUCAAUAUCACGUAUUUUCAACAAAGCAAUGGCCUUUUCACGUGGUGAAAUUAAUGUCACUGUAACUGCUGCAUCACCAUUGGAUGCUGAAUCCAAGAAAGAAUUGAAUGAUAUUCUACAAAAUUUUGCUAAAGGCAAAAAAUUAUUGGUCAAUGUAAAAGUUGAUAAAGACAUUCUCGGUGGAUUGAUGGUCGAUUUUGAUGGUGAACAUUAUGUAGAUAUGUCCAUACGACGUAAAUUCAAUCAUUAUGUUAAUCUAUUGAAACAGCCAUUGUAAUCACAUCCAAACUAAGCUAAGCUCAGCUCAGCUCAAUUCAACAUUGUUGUUGAUUCGAGAAUUUUCGUUGAAAAAAAAAAUUAAAUUUAGUGAAACAAAAAAAAAUUGUAAUAA